UGCGUUUUGUCUCUGUGAGCGUGCACACACUCAUGAGUCCGUUUUGCCGGGCGGCAGGGUGUGCUGUCUCUGGUUCCUUUGGCUCUGGUGAGUUCUUUUGGAAGAGCAAUCGGCCAUGCUUCGGUGUAGAUGGGAAGCUUGAACAGCGUUGGCUUGGAAGUUCACAGAGAUUCGGGGACCGAGUACUUCCAUGCUGGCAUCUGAUUACAAUUUGGGCACAUGAAAAAAAAAAUGGGGUUAAUAGAUCUGGACAAACUAAGAGGUGUCCCUGGAGUGUACAAACUUCAAGCUAAGGAAAGAUGAAGAGGAGAGUGCUCUGGGCAAGGAAGAACCCUGUCUGUGUGGCCCGUGAGUAGUGAAAGCAACAUCCGUGUGGUUGGCAGAAGGAAGGAGGACUCAGGGAGGAGCUGGUCCGAAGCAGAUAAUGACAUGCUAGUUUGGAGAACAAAGGACUUGAGGCAUCAGCUGAUGUCUAGGUUUGGAUACGCAGGAAGGGUUGAAAUGCGUUUAAUCAGCACUUUUAAACCGAGUGCCUUCUUAGUUCUACACUCUAAAUUAAGUGGCUUGGAGUGGCUGUUUCCCACAGCCAGGCAGCCAUCAGUCCUGGAACUCGGAUAACAACCUUUACAGCAGUGUGAUGCCUUGGAGUGAGCCCUUGUGGGGAGGACAGGAGAAAGUGCAGCUAGAGGGCAGGAGACUAGGGGGCCUCAAGACUCUGAAACCAUAAGUAACCUGUAUCCAGUGUGAUUACAUUUGAAGAUGGGACCUGCACAGACUAGUAAAGGUUGGGUGAAGUCAUAAUCAGUGGGCCAAUGUCCCGAACUCUCCCAACACCGAAAUCCACAAAAAGGGCUUUAGUAGGAACUGAAGAGGCUGACAGACCAUCUUGAACUUCCUCCAGAAUACUGAGAUCAGUUUCUGUUGUUGUACACACAGGUCUGUGGUAUUUUGUUUUGGCAGGCUGAGCUGCCAAAGCCAGACGGCUUCCCCAAGGAGGUGAUGCUGAACAGCUGUUGUGCUGGGCGGCUUGCCGCUUCGUGCCCUAGAGAAGAUCUGGAACCUAGGAGAGAUAAGUGGUUUACCCAUCACACACAGCCAAGAUGAACUAAUCUGGACCCCUGCUCUUGCCAUGUGGCAGCCACGAGUGGAAAAAACUAAUUCUGACCCAGCACUGGCCCCCAACAGUCUGCAAGGAAGUUAACAGCUGCCGCGACACUCUGGAUUAUUGGACAAUACACGGACUAUGGCCUGACAAAGCAGAAGAUUGUAACCAAUCCUGGCACUUUAACUUAAAUGAGAUUCAGGACCUUUUGCUAGACAUGAAGAUCUAUUGGCCUGAUGUGAUUCACCCAUCUUCUAAUCGCAGCCGAUUCUGGAAACAUGAGUGGGACAAGCACGGCACUUGUGCUGCACAGCUGGAUGCCCUCAAUUCCGAGAAGAAGUACUUUGGGAAGAGCCUGGAUCUGUACAAGCAGCUUGACCUCAACAGCAUACUGCUAAAAUUUGGGAUCAAGCCGUCUAUCAAUUACUACCAGCUUGCAGAUUUCAAAGAUGCACUUACCAGAUUCUAUGGCGUGGUGCCUAAAAUCCAGUGCCUUCUGCCAGAACAGGGAGAGAAGGUGCAAACCGUUGGUCAGAUAGAGUUGUGCUUCACCAAGGAGGAUUUCCAUUUGCGGAACUGUACUGAACCAGGUGAGCAGCUGUCCUCCAACCAGGGAGCCUGGCCGGCCGUGGGCGCUUCCACACACGGGAUGAUGGUCUGUGAAGAUGGUCCAAUCUUCUAUCCUCCACCUGCAAAGACCCAACACUGAUGGUCACGUUUAGGAAAUAUUAUAUGUUCCACAAAGUAAGAACAAGUCACAAAUUAUUGGUUUCUAAAAAUCCACUCAAAAGUU